AUGAAAAGGAAAUUUCCCAAAUUACCGACAAUCCAUUUGGCCAACAAUUACUUGACCACCAUCCCAGUAAUGAAGAGCGACAGCUUGGAAGUACUCUACCUCUAUAGUAAUCAAAUCAAGAAUGUGGAGUUCGACAGAUGGACAACUCCGAAAUUAAAGAUACUCUGGCUCGGGAACAAUUACUUGACCUCCAUCCCAGUAAUGAAGAGCGACAGCUUGGAAGAACUCUACCUCUAUAGUAAUCAAAUCAAGAAUGUGGAGUUCGACAGAUGGACAACUCCGAAAUUAAAGAAACUCUCGCUCAGGAACAAUUCCUUGACCUCCAUCCCAGUAAUGAAGAGCGACAGCUUGGAAGAACUCGACCUCCAUAGUAAUCAAAUCAAGAAUGUGGAGUUCGACAGAUGGACAACUCCGAAAUUAGAGAAACUCUCGCUCGGGAACAAUUCCUUGACCUCCAUCCCAGUAAUGAAGAGCGACAGCUUGCAAGUACUCGACCUCCAUAGUAAUCAAAUCAAGAAUGUGGAGUUCGACAGAUGGAGAACUCCGAAUUUAUGGAUUCUCAGGAUGGGGGAGAAUUCCUUGACCUCCUUCCCAGGAAUCAGGAGCUACAGAUUGAGAGAACUCGACCUCCAUAGUAAUCAAAUCAAGAAUGUGGAUUUCGACAGAUGGACAACUCCGAAAUUAAGCAUUCUCAGUCUGGGUGUUUCGGCCAACACGAAAGUGUACCUUCAACACAACCGUAUAGCAACAAUCGAUGGCUGGAUCCUUUACCGUAUCCUAAAGGAAUUUUCCUAUGGCGAUGGUUUUCUCAACCUAGAAGAAUUGCUGAAAGAAUGCCGCAGUGAGACAGUGACCAAGCCCAGUCUUACGCGUCCACAGUGUCCCAACUUCGUAGGAGGUCCCGGAUGUAUCGAUUCCCAGCAUGCCCAAUUGUGCAAUGAAGGUACUUUCAACACUUCCUUUGCCUGUCCUAACGAGACCCAAGUCUGCUGCAUUCGCCCCGUUGCAGUUGAUCCACCUCGGCAUGGAAAUGCGGAGGUGACCGGCUGUGGACCACUUCCUGGGAUCAUAAAUGGACGCUUCCAUAUUCUCUCUUGUUGGAAUGACGGGCUGAGUUACAAACAUGAACCAGAAUGCAUUCAAGGUGGGAAAUACAUCAUCGGAAGUAAAGUGAACUACACAUGUGAGAAAUAUUACACUCUACGGGGCCCACGUGUUCGGACAUGUGAGGCGAAUGAAGAAUGGACUGGCCCAGAUCCCCUAUGUGAACCUGUGUGUGGCAGGGGAAACCUGGUUCCAUCGCCUCAGAUAUUGAUUCGUGGAGGGAAGGAAGCAUCCCCGGGAUCUUCUCCUUGGCAAGUGGCCAUAUAUGAUGUGCAGAUGAAAGAUAUUAUCUGUGGAGGAGCUCUAAUUGGAAGACAAUGGGUUCUCACUGCAGCACAUUGCGUCGUGUACCACAAUCAUGACAAUACCUUUACAGUUCGAGAUGUUGAAGAUUUCUUCCUCUAUCUCGGGAAGCACUAUCGAAACGUGUCCAGGGACGAUAAAUUCGUGCAAAAAUUGAAGGUGACUCGGAUCAUCGUGCAUGAAGAAUACCCCGACUUGGAGUCAGACAUAGCUCUAAUGAAACUCCAUGAAUCGGUUAAUCUGACGGCACGGGUUCAGUUGAUCUGUCUUCCGUUCAAUGAUGACCUGUCAGAUGACUUUUUAGAUGAUUCUCAAUACGAAUUUUGCGGUCCUCACAAAGGAAAGGUGGCAGGCUGGGGAAGAGACGCCUCAAACCAGGCAACGGAUGUCUUGACUGAGGUUCGACUGACAGUUAUACCAAAGCGUGAAUGCCGAAAUAGAAUUCAUAUGAUGACAGAAGUUCUCCCUGAUUCGAUAACAAGAAAAACGUUUUGUGCUGGAGAACGCAAAAAUACCUCCUCAUUCGGGAGUGAGGAUGGAAAAGAAUACAGGACGGUGUGUGAAGGGGAUUCGGGGAGUCCCAUUGUCUUCGCCUCUCAUAACAUUCCGAAAAGCCAGUGGGUUGUAGAAGGAAUCGUCAGUCAUAUCUACACCAAAUCAGGGCAAAGUUGCUCUAAUUAUGAACCUGGCCAGUACGGUGUAUUCAUUAGAGUCAAUAAGUUUCUUCACUGGAUCGAGGAGCGGAUGUCGAUGAACUCAUGAACACCAGAGUCAAGAUCUAUAACUUCUCAUUCGAUGAUCUCAAUUCUAUUUUCAAGAUACUUCCGAUUGGGAUACAGUUUUUUCUUCUCAUGACUAAAUG